AUGGAGCCGAACAUAGAAGAGAUCCUGACGUUGGCUCAGAGGGUGGCUCAUAGCGACGGCCAAACGCUGUCCAACCUCACGGAAGGGGCAAGGAGGAGGGAAGAAUAUCGGUGGGCGCUACUAGCUACAAAGGUUAAGAAUGAGGCCGUAGAAACUGCCCCACCGGAGGAGCUAGGCACACGGGUAUGUAUGAACGCCACUAACGCCAUGCAAAAUGUAUGGGGAUGUAUGAACGCCACUAACGCCAUGCAAAAUGGAGGAUGGGUCUCAUCUGAGCCCCCUUCAUCCAGCCUCUUUAACAGGGAGGUUGGACCAGAUGACCUGCUGUGGUGUCCUCCGAUCCGACCGAGUCUGAGAGUCAGCGAUUCUGCGAUCCUCCCAGCGCAGCCUCGGCCCCUGACCAAGCCAGCCACGCACGGCAGGCCGAGGCGAUGCCGUGGCGAUGCCGCUCCUGCUUACCAUCUCAUUUUAGAAGGAAUUCUAAUAUUAUGGAUAAUCAGACUUCUUUUCUCCAAGACAUACAAGCUUCAAGAGCGAUCUGAUCUAACACUUAAGGAAAAAGAAGAGUUGAUUGAAGAAUGGCAGCCAGAGCCUCUUGUACCUCCUGUGCCAAAAGAUCACCCAGCUCUCAAUUACAACAUUGUUUCAGGUCCUCCCACCCAUAUAAUCACUGUUAAUGGCAAGGAAUGUAUAAACUUUGCAUCGUUUAACUUCCUUGGUCUUUUGAAUAAUGAAAAAGUUAAGAGUGCAGCCCAGGCUUCUCUGAAGAAAUACGGUGUUGGCACCUGUGGACCCAGAGGAUUCUAUGGUACUUUUGAUGUGCACUUAGAAUUAGAAGAACGGCUAGCAAAAUUCAUGAGGACAGAGGAAGCUAUUAUAUACUCGUAUGGAUUUGCGACAAUUGCCAGUGCUAUUCCUGCAUAUUCAAAGAGGGGGGACAUUGUCUUUGUAGAUGAAGCUGCCUGCUUUGCUAUUCAGAAGGGAUUACAAGCAUCUCGUAGUAACAUCAAGUUAUUUAAGCAUAAUGAUAUGGCUGACCUUGAACGACUGUUGAAAGAACAAGAGACUGAAGAUCAAAAGAAUCCUCGCAAGGCCCGUGUAACUCGAAGGUUUAUUGUAGUGGAAGGAUUGUAUAUGAACACAGGAGACAUUUGCCCUCUUCCAGAGUUGAUAAAAUUGAAGUAUAAAUACAAAGUUAGAAUAUUUUUGGAGGAGAGUCUUUCCUUUGGAGUCCUUGGAGAACACGGAAGAGGAAUUACUGAACACUUUGGAAUAAAUAUUGAUGAUAUAGAUCUUAUUAGUGCAAACAUGGAAAAUUCACUGGCUUCUAUUGGUGGAUUUUGCUGUGGAAGAUCUUUUAUUAUUGACCAUCAGCGAUUGUCUGGCCAAGGCUAUUGCUUUUCUGCCUCCUUACCGCCUUUGUUAGCUGCUGCUGCUAUUGAGGCUCUGAAUAUUAUGGAAGAUAGUCCAGAUAUUUUUCAGACUCUUCGGGCUAAAUGUGAACGGAUUCACAAAGCUUUACAGGGGAUUUCUGGUUUAAAAGUAGUGGGAGAAUCUUUUUCUCCAGCAUUGCACUUACAGUUGGAGGAGAGCUGUGGAUCUCGGGAAAAUGAUGUGAAGUUACUCAAAAGAGUUGUGGAUUAUUGCAUGAAUAGUGGUAUUGCGUUAACACAGGCUCGCUAUCUGGAGAAAGAAGAAAAAUGUCUUCCUCCACCCAGUAUUCGAGUAGUGAUAACAGUGGAACAAACAGAACAAGAACUGGACAAAGCUGCAUCACUUCUUAAGGAAGCUGCACAGUCUGUGUUGAAUUAGACUGUUGUUUUUUGAUUCCUCUUUCCCACAUUAUCAGGAUAAGUGUUUUACACUGUAUAGUGACUUCCAGAUUCUUCCACUGAUGGCAUUGAAACCUGACUAACAAAAUUGUUCUAGAGUGGUACAAAUGCAGUGAGGGGAAGAAUGCUGAAUUUUGGAAUUGGUGAAUGUGUUGUUCCAAUUUAAACUCUACUGUUUACUAGUGUUACUUAAAAGGGGAUAUCACUUUUGCAUUCAUGAAUCUUUCAUAAGUUAGUAUACAAAGUUUUAUUUCCUCAAACCCUUAAAUGUUCUUAAAAAUGUGUAUUAUCAUUCAGUUUCACCCCAAACCAUAUCAAAUGUGUUGUUUUCUCUCUACUUUCUCAGAAUGUGGGAACUUCAGAUAAAUUUCAAGGAAUUAUCCCUCCUGACUUUUCAAAUGAAAAUACACUUCCUAAUACUGCCAAAAGGAUAGCACAUUGAGAUAUGUUUUUGUGCUAUAUUAUGUCAUCUAUUAUUGAAUUAUAGGAGGGGGAACCUUCAAUUCUUUAUGUUUAUAUAUCUUUCUCUAACCAUUUUUGGCAGCCAGAUUUUAAGAAAGCCUGACCAGACAGCAAAUUAAUAUUAAAUAUUAUUUGCUUUUUGCAUUCCAUAUGUAAUUAUCUGCAUGUUUGAUAUUAUGGGUGAGGUUUUUCAUAUUAUUAACUUUAAAAUGUCUAAAUUUCAACCUCUGAAUUGUGAAAUUGAUAUAAUUCCAGUGUAGUAUGUUCAGAUAAGGGAGCUUUGUGCCAGUCUUGAAGAGGAGUAAUAGGCAACAUGGAAAAUGAAUCAAGGUUUUGAAACAGCAACUAAAUACUAGCUUAGUCAAACUACUUUUAAGCACAAAAAUGAUGUGUGCUUAAUUUUAUCUGUAAACAUCUAUACCUUAGAAGGGAAGACUGACAGAUAGCUACUAAGAGUUUAGAUGGUACAAAUACUACUGAAACACAACUCAGUCUGUGCACAUAAAAUUCCCAAGUAACUUGAAAGUAAUAUUUAGAGGUUGUGCUGUUAGGAUUUUAAGUGAGCACAGAUGGACAUUACAUAUAUGGACACUUUACUUCAAUCAGGAAACUGGUAAGGAAGUAUGAAUCUUUUUAUAAAAUAAAAAUACAGCUUUUCAUUUGACAAUUUUGCUUUAAAAAAGCCUGUCUAAAAAUUUUGUAUUCUGCCUAAUAUGUGUUAAGCUGUUUUGUACUUAUGAGCUUUUUUGGUUGCUACUACAAGGAUUAUAGGACUAUUUUUGAGAAAUAUUAUUGUUAUAUAUAAAGUUAAUCAUGUUUGAUUCAGAUUUUUACUUACACAAUUGAAUUUUGUAGCAUGAUUGACCAUAUUUUGUUAAAUAUUCUGCAUUAGGUGAGCAUAGUCUAUGUUGCCUCCAGUUCACAGAGACUAUUUCUAUGCUGGCUUUCAAAACUUUCCAUCUGUGUAUAUUCAGAUAAAACAUCUAAAGUUGUUUUGGGGCACUUCUGUGAUUGUUGCUUGACAUUUGAAAUGGUCAAAUCAUUAUCUGUGCAAUGUAGUAAAACCUUCAUCUCAAUGUGAAAGAGUAUCCCUGUUUCACUGUCAUUUAUGUUUUCUCUGUUAACUGUGAGUAAAAGCCAGUGAGAAGCCAACAAUUUAAAAGAGAAAAAAAAUGUGCAGAAUAUUGAAGAGCCUCAGGGACUGUGAGAAAUGGAAAUUAAAUGUUAUUGCUCUACGUUGAGCUUUUGAGCCAUUUUUGGCUGGAUAAUUGAAACCUGCAAAUUUGAGUGAAGUCAAGCCUUUGAUGUAUAAACUUGGAACAAAUGAGGCACUUUGAUUCCAGUGCAGCAUAUUAAAUGGUUUUGGAGUUAAGAUAAACUUGGGAAGGUAAGCAAAUAACCAUUGGCAUUGAAAUUCUCAGUUGCAGAAUCUAUAUUUAAUUCUCUCAUUUUAUUUUAGGUUUUCUGCAAAUGGGAUGGAAUUUUUGUGUGCUUAGAGAACUAGCAAUAAUUUUUAGAUACAUGGAUUUGUGUUGUUAUUUUUGUUCCUGGUUUGUUGGAUAUUUUUGCUUUUAAAUGAAGUGAUGACAACUGAGGUAGCAAGAAGCAGAGUGAAAUUUCUAACAAUUUCAAAGCUGUGACUGAAUGGUUCUGACGAAAUAAAAGUUCAAAAGUUUUGCUAAGAGGUGCCAUAU